AUGAAACAAAUAGAAGCAGCUCAUCCAACAAUAGAUGAAUUGGGACGACUUGGAAUUAUAGAGUUUGUAGACCAGAAUCCACAUGUCAGUAUGUUUCAGCGUUAUUUUGUCAAUGAGGUCAAUCGAUGUGUAAACAUGGAGAGAAAGAUAAACUUUCUCGAAAAUGAGAUCUUCAAGGACAAGAAGCUUGCCGCAAUACUCGAGAGAAACAUGUACAGUGGUGUCGACCUAUUCAGUUACGAUGUGCUGCAAAUGACCGAGAUGGACUUGGGUUUCAACGAAUUGGAAACUCGUCUCGAAGAGCUAGAAAACGAAUUGAAACAGAUCAAUAUCAAUGCAGAGUCACUACAGAGAAACUACAACGAAUUGAUAGAGAUCCAGCAUGUCUUGACCAAAGAUGCCAUAUUUUUCCAGGAGCAAAACCUUAACGAUGACUCUGAGAGAAAAGAUCACUCUGCCAAGAGUCCACUACUCCAAGAGGACACACUAGUCGAAGUCCAAAAGCAAGGUGUAAAACUAAGUUUUGUAACAGGUGUUAUGAAUACCGAUAGAAUUCCACAAUUCCAAAGGGUAUUGUGGAGAGCAACAAGAGGAAAUAACUUUUCAAAAGAUUCAAUCAUUGAUGAACCAAUCAUUGAUCCAAAAACUGGUGAUGAAGUUAAUAAAACAGUAUUUAUUGUAUUCUUUCAAGGUGAAAGAUUAGAAGAUAAAAUUAAAAAGAUUUGUUUAUCGUUUGAAGCAAAUCUAUAUGAGUGUCCAGAUUCAUCUUAUGGUCGUACGAGAUUAUUAGAAAAGAUCAUGGGAAGAAUUAUGGAUUUGAAUAUUGUAAUCGAGAGAUCAAGAGAGCACAGAAAACAGUUGCUUAUCAAUAUUGUCGAGAAGAUCGUAGGCUGGAAGAGAAAGGUUCUAAAGGAGAAAUCGAUUUACCAUUCGAUGAACAAGUUUGAUUAUGAUGUAGGUAGGAAGUGUUUGAUUGGCAGAGGUUGGUGUCCAAAGACCGGAAUCGAAGAGAUCCAAGUUGCGCUACGUGCUGGAACUACAAAGAGUGGUGUCAUGGUGCCGUCUGUUCUCAGUGUGAUUCGUCCCAACGAAGAACCACCAACUCAUUUCGAAACCAACAAGUAUGUGUCGGCAUUCCAACAGAUAGUUAAUGCCUAUGGUGUUGCAAAGUACCGUGAAGUCAAUCCAGCUGUGAUGACCAUCAUCACAUUCCCGUUCUUGUUUGCGCUGAUGUUUGGUGAUGUCGGUCACGGACUGAUGCUACUUGCCGUUGCAGUCGCCUUUAUAAAGAUGGAAAAGAAUCUCAGUGGAAAGAAAUUGAAUGAACUCGUUCAAAUGCCUUUCGAUGGUCGAUAUGUACUCUUCUUGAUGGGGCUCUUUUCUAUUUAUGUCGGUUUCAUCUACAAUGAGUGUUUUGCAAUUCCGAUGGACAUCUUUGGAACAAGCUGGAAGCAAAAUGGAAAACACAUGGUUUUCCAGAAUCAAACAUAUCCAUUCGGAGUGGAUCCAGUCUGGAAAGGUGCACCCAACGAACUGGAAUACUAUAAUUCCUUCAAAAUGAAGAUAUCCGUGUUGUUUGGUGUCAUUCAAAUGACUGUUGGUAUUGUCUUUUCACUGAUGAACUACUUGAACAUGAAAGGUCCAAUGAAAUGGAUCAACAUCUUUACUCAAUUCAUUCCUCAAGUAGUCUUCCUCUGGUCCAUCUUUGGAUAUAUGUGCUUCUUGAUCCUGCUAAAGUGGGGAUCUCCAUACGAUGACUAUAUUCUCCCAACCAUUAUCGAUAUGUUCUUGUCGCCAGGAUCCAUCAAAACGCCUAUCUACUCUGGACAGCAAGGUGUGCAGACCAUUCUCUUGAUUCUAGCAUUCAUAUCCGUUCCUGUUAUGCUCAUCCCCAAACCGCUUCUCAUGAAAAAGCUCUACGAGAAGGAGAUGGAAGCAAAGUCCCAUGGAUACCACUUACAAGGUGGUGGUGGCGGUGAAAGUGGUGAAGAAGAAGCAGGAGAGUUUGAAGAGGAGGCACUCGAAGCCGAUGGACACCAUGGUGAUCGCUUUGAAAUGAGUGAUGUAUUCGUUCAUCAAGUAAUCCAUACCAUUGAGUUUGUACUUGGUGCUAUCUCCAACACAGCUUCCUAUCUUCGUUUAUGGGCACUCUCACUUGCUCACUCUGAGUUGUCCACUGUAUUCUGGAAUCGUAUUCUAACAGCUGGUAUCUACUCUGGUCCGUUCUUGGCAUUCAUCGCAUUUGGCGCAUGGUUGGGUGCUACUAUAGGAGUUUUACUUAUGAUGGAAACACUAUCCGCAUUCCUUCAUGCACUUCGUUUACAUUGGGUAGAGUUCAAUAAUAAGUCAGAUGCCAAACGAAAAGAAGUGUAUAAAGCCGCCAAAGUCAAAGCUCCUCCGGAUGAUCCUAAUUCUUAUGUUAUCAAAUACUAUUUGGAUGGAGAGACAAAGUAUUACAUCAACCGUGAUUUCAAUGCCUGUUUGAAUAUCGUUACUAUUGCCGAAGCAUAUUUAAAAGGUAAAGCCCGUCCAACUUUAUUGUGUCCAUUCAAAAAGGACAACCCGGAGGAUGAUUGA